AAAAAUCAAAAGAAAUCAUUCUUGGACAGUUUCCAUAGUAAAUUUAGUAGAAAACAUUGUUUUGCAAUUUGUUGGAAAUACUCUUAACGCAGCCCUGUUUUACGCGUCAAAGUUUCUCGACAGUCGGAAACCAAACAGCUCCGGUAACUAACCAACUAAAAUUAAAUUCAAAUAAAAUUUCAAACUUCUACAAUCAAGAUGCUGCGCGCUUUGCAGCCCGAUAUGCGUGACAUCGAAAAGCUGGCCAAAAAGGAGGUUAAGGGGAAUCUUUUGUUAUUUGCUGUAACCUGUGCCUUGAUACGCUAUAUUCCAAAACUCCUACGCAAGAUCUUUUAGAGGGUCAUACACUGGAGGGCGCCGCUAAGAGAUUCAACGGGGACAUAAUGCAUUUGUUAAUUAUCAAAAGACACGUUUAAAAUACACAAAGUGUGGCCCAGG